UAGCUAGAGAAAGAAAUCAGAGAUGCAGAAAGCCUGGGUUUAUGAAGAAUAUGGGCCCAAAGAAGUGUUAAAAUUGGGAGAAAUACCAAUCCCUACUACGCUUGAAGAUGAUCAACUCUUGGUUCAAGUUAGAGCUGCUGCUUUGAAUACAAUUGAUUCCAAGAGACGCCAGCUUGCCAUCUUCCCUUCCGGCCUUCCAGCAGUUCCAGGAUGCGACAUGGCCGGAGUGGUGGUGGGAAAAGGAAGCAGAGUGGCAAAGCUUGAAGUAGGUGAUCAAGUGUAUGGAAAUAUUCAGAACUUCAAUGAACCUGAAAAGUUGAAAAAACUAGGAACACUUGCAGAGUAUGUGGCAGUGGAGGAGCAGCAUGUUGCACUGAAACCUAGCCAACUUUCCUUUGAAGAAGCUGCAAGUCUCCCACUGGCACUUCAAACAGCCAUUGAAGGGUUCAAGAAUGCAAAGUUCAAGGAAGGAGACAGUGUGUUUGUUGUUGGUGGAGCUGGUGGUGUUGGCACACUAGUUGUUCAAUUGGCCAAACAACACUUUGGUGCUUUUAAAGUGGUGGCAACUUGUAGCACCAGUAAGGUUGAGUUUGUUAAGAGUUUGGGAGCUGAUAUGGUUGUGGAUUAUACCACUACCAAGUAUCAAGACAUUGAGGAGAAGUUUGAUUUUGUUUAUGAUACCAUAGGAGAUAGCAAGAACUCAAUUGUGGUGGCUAAAGAAGAGGCUCCUGUGGUGGAUAUAACAUGGCCUCCGUCAAAUCCUAAGGUUAUCUAUUCAAGCUUGACAGGAAGAGGGGAAAGUCUAGAGAAACUGAAGUCAUGCUUGGAGAGUGGGAAAAUCAAAGCUAUGAUUGAUCCUUCCGGACCAUAUCAUUUUAAGGAUGUCAUUAGUGCUUUUGGACAUUUGGAAACUGGGAGGGCAAGAGGGAAGGUUGUAGUCACUUCUUUCCCUUUAUUUGGUUAGCUAGUAUUGUUAUAUAUCUUUGAGGUUAGACUUGUAUAUUUAUAUUUACUCUGCUUGUAUUAAUUGAAGUAUAAUGAAGUA